AUGGCGCCGCCGCUACAGCAUUUCCAUCCGCGCCGCCUCCUCCCUCGCCUCCGCCUCCCCACAUCCGGCCGCCUCUUCCUCCACCUCAGACCCCUCUCCUGCUCCUCCUCGCAACAAGCCUCCGCGCAAACCCCACCUCCUCAGCCACCGCCUCUCCACAGCCCCACGCUCCGCCGCGGCAGGCGGGCCGCUCCCGACCACCCCGAGGAGGACCCGCUCCUCUCCUUCGCGCGCACCUUCGACCUCGCCGCCCUCCGCGUGCCCGCCGCCGCCUGCGCGCCGCUCGAGCGCCGCCUCCGCGGCCACCUCCUCAACUGGCCCCGCGUCCGCAACAUCGCGCGCCUCCCCAACGACGACGGCCACGCCCUCCUCCUCCCCCCCUCCGCGCCCGCCCUCCCCGCCUCCCCGCUGACCGCGGUGGCGCGCCGCGACAGGCUCGCCCGCCAGUUCAACGCCCGCGGCUUCGUGCAGUUUCCCAACCUCGCCAAGAUGUCGCGGCCGUCCGCGCGGGCUCAGAGGGACAAGAAGGGGGAAGGAAGAGGUGGCGAGAAGGAGGCCAGGCGUGAGAAGGACGCGGUGUAUGUUGUCAAGGUGCCAGGGGAGGAGGAGGACGACGACGACCAAUGGAAGGGCUUGGUCGGGGAGGAAGGGUUUGGGAGCGGUGCCUGGAGAGGGGAACCCACCAGACUGCUCCUGCUGGACGAGAACUACGCAAACAGGAGCGUUCACGAGCUCCCAGAGGCUGUCAAGGUUGUGUUAGACGAUGAAACCAAGCAGGGUGGAUCUUCCGCCUAUGAGCUUGUACAAUGUCAGCUAACUUUGUUCUAUAAUUACUGGCCAAUGAAUGAGGUUUUAGAGGCAUUACUUCCUGAAGGAAUAAUCAUCCCUGCAGGCUUUGAGACAGUAGGGCAUAUUGCCCACUUGAACUUGAGGGAUGAACACUUGCCUUACAAGGAACUUAUAGCUCAGGUGGUGCUAGACAAAAACAAGCCAAAGAUCCGAACUGUUGUCAAUAAGACUGAUGCUAUUCAAAAUGAUUACAGAACAAUGCAACUUGAAAUUUUAGCUGGUCAUGAUUCCCUUGUCACAACAGUCAUUGAGAGUGGCCUUCGUUUUAAAGUUGAUCUUGCGACAGUCUAUUGGAAUUCUAGAUUAGCAACUGAAAGGCAGAGGCUUGUCAACAGCAUCUUUACAAGUUCUGAUGUUGUCUGUGAUGUGUUCUCUGGUGUUGGUCCGAUAGCAAUUUCAGCUGCGAAAAAGGUCACAUAUGUCUAUGCAAAUGACUUGAACCCAAUUGCAGUUGAGUACCUUGAAAGAAACAUUGUUCUUAACAAACUUGAGAGGAAAAUUGAGGUAUUUAACAUGGAUGCUAGAAGGUUUGUUACUGCAAUAUACUCAAGCCAACACGUGCGUCCGAUCACACAAGUGGUAAUGAAUUUGCCCAAGGAUGCUGCAGAAUUUUUAGAUAUCUUCAGAGGGAUCUUAAGAAACCGGCAAGCAGGACAACCUUGUGUCAUGCCGAAGAUCCACGUGUAUGGAUUCUCCAAAGCCGAGGAUCCUGAGUAUGACUUUAAUGAGAGGAUAAAUCUAGCAUUGUGCGAUAAUGUGGCCAACAUUGAAAUGCACAGAGUACGGCUUGUUGCUCCUGGGAAAUGGAUGCUCUGUGCAUCUUUUACCCUUCCAGAAUCUGUUGCAUUGGCGAAACCAAAUUACAUUAUGUGUUGAGUGUUUGUACCUGCCUACUACCUAGAAAACGCCCCCUUUCUUGUAAAAUUACAUGUAAAUUCAGUGAAACUUAGCAUUUAUGUUUGCAAGUUUUCUGGAAUAAUGCCCUUAGGGUAGGAAGCACAAUUAGAGGAAUUUAUGUGACCAUUUGUGGCCAAGAAGGAAUAUUUGCUCAUUGUUUC